AUGUCCCUGGUACACGAGCCCGUCGUCCGCGGCCUGGUCUCUGGGGGAGCAUGCGUCCUGGUCGACAACCCUGGUAUAUCAAAGAGCGGAAGCCCGCCGUGCCGACUGAGAGCUGGCGCUACCUGCGGAAGCGAGGGAGAUAGCUUUCGGCAGAUAAGUCUGCUCGCUGCGAAAGUUGUUAAGCGUCAGUCCUCCUACAAUCCAUCUCUGAGCAUGGCGCACAUUCUGGGCCAAGCUGGUACGCAAGCCAAGAGCUCAAACGUGGCCAUGGAUCCGAUGAAUCCCACCAACGCCAGUCAGAAUGCCGACAAUUGGCACAGGACCAGGAAACUGGUCUUGUGCUUCGACGGGACGGGCAACAAGUUCCACGGCGAUGAAAGCGACAGCAACAUUUUGAAAAUCUUCCGGAUGCUCGACAGUUCAUCGGAUGACCAGUACCAAUAUUACCAACCAAGGUUCCUGGCAGAAAUGCUCGACUACGUCGGCCUCCUUGCGCACGGCAAUGAGGAGAUGGUUAUCUUUGCGUGGAACGCCUUUUCACAGUGGCAAUGUCGACGGGCCAACUCGACGCCGGAAGGCAAAGAGGACAAGGAAAAGAUGUACAAGUUUCUGAAGGGGUUCCGAGAAACAUUUUCGCGGCCAAUUCGGCGGAUUCGGUUCCUUGGGCUCUUUGAUUGCGUCAACAGCGUGCCGCGUUUCGAGACGGCGUGGAUGCAGCGCGACAAGUUUCCGUACACAGCCCGGAGCUCAGCCAAGGUCAUCCGACACGCUGUCAGCAUCGACGAGCGACGCGCCAAGUUCAGACAGGACCUCAUCUACCAAGAGAAGAAGAAAUGCAAAAAGUCGAAAAAGGACGCCUUGGGCCACUCACUGAUGGAGAAGAACCCGCUGAACGACAAGCUGCACGGAUUCCAGGAGAAAUACCGGCCGGGAAAGCGCGUGGCGCUCGAUCCCAAUGAUAUCCCAGGCAGCGCUGGUCGAGGCCGAGGUGCGCCAAACGAGCUCCUGCCCGAUGACGCGGAUCAUCCGGUGCGGUACCGGAACCGCUCCAGGUCGAGGUCGCGCGCUACAAGCCGAGGCAUGAGCGACAAUACAUCAUUGGCCUCCCGGGCGCCCGUGCCCGACGCUGGUUACGAUUCGGACGAUGAUGAGCAAGAUAUUGAUGAAGUCUGGUUUGCGGGCGGACACGCUGACAUUGGCGGUGGUUGGGAUGUCAUACCGGGCCAGAAGAGCUCCAGUCAUGUGCCCCUCGUGUGGAUGGUCAGGGAGGCGAUGCGGGCUGGGUUGAGCCUGGAUGUACGGCAGCUUGAAGAGAUCGGAUGCAUCGAGUGUGCAGAUGAUCAUGAGGAAGAGUGCGAGGCGGCGCACAUGGACAUUCCCGAGAUCCACAUCGAUGCGCCGUCUCCGGGUGUUUCUUCGCCGGACGUUCUCGAGCAAGAUGUGCAGGACAAGCCAGCUCAACCGGGCGAUGCGAGGUUCAAGUUUGAGGAGAUGCUUCGAGAUGCCCACUUGUCCGACCUUCACGACUCGCUGCGGUUCGGGCGGGGCGUGCCGCGCCUUUCAGUCUGUGGUUGGCGCUUCAUGGAAUGGAUGCCCUUCCGACGACUUGACCUGCGGCCUGACGGGUCAUGGAAGCCGAUCCGAUGGCCGCUGCCCCGCGGAGAGGUGCGCGACAUCCCAGAGAAUGUACGCGUGCACGGAAGCGUGAUUCGGAGGCUCGAGAUGGAUCCCACGUAUCGACCAGGCAACCUCAUUAUUGGUGGGGGUGGUCGUGGCGUCAGGACAGCGUCCGAGAAGCAUGGGAUUGGCGAAUGGAUCUGUGUCAAGGGCAAAGGGGACCCGGUGGAGGAGAUUUGGGAUCCACCGUUGUUAUGCUUAGCGCACCUACCCCGGGCAGCAAAUACGCCGCAGCCGUGUUGGCAUCGGACAUUAAGCUUCCAGUGCCGGCAGCGACCGCCUACUCGAUCCGUAGCUGACCAUCGAUGUGCGCGCCACAAUCUGACCCUGGUGGGCACCCCGCAGCAACAAUCCAAUGGCAACGGGGUCGAUCGCCGGGAUGUGAGCACGCAAUCGACCGAGAUGGACACCAAGAACGACGGAUACGGGAGGUGGCAGGAACAGGCCUUGCUGCUUUAG